AUGUUCCCAAGAUACUCGAUAGUUUUUCUACUAUCCACCAUCAGUAUCGCCGCACAUGCGUCUCCACGCAGCAGCGCAGUCCAAAAAAGCCCCAGCGUCAUCAUCACCGGCCCCUCCUCCCUCAACAUAACCCACCUACUCGUCCACAGAUACACAAACACACCCAGAUAUCUGUAUGACGCCGUCAACCACAACGCUUAUCGCCUCGGCGACACAACCUUCCACAGCUUCGCCUUCUCCCUCCAGGAAGAAUGGCAGUUCGCUCUGCGCGGGUAUUACAAUCUCGCGCGAUUCACUGCAGAGUCCAGCGACGUUAACCUCACACCAGGCUUGAUCUGGGUCCAGGAGGAUCAGCUCUACGUUCGUCUUGUUACGGGGACACCUCGUGAGCCCCAGAUGAGCACUUUCCGUCUAGGGAGUGUGAAGGUGUGGAAGUGGCAUGUGGUAUCUGUUCUGGCCAAGUGGGGUGUUGAGGGAAACGGAAAUCUCCAGUUGUGGGUUGAUGGGGUGAAGGUCCUGGAGGAGUCGGGGGUGGAUACGAUUAUGGAUGAUGGGGGAUUGUUCCGGUUUGAGAGUUGUGGAUUGGGGAGGUGUUUGGGGGUGUAG